ACUGCCAUUUAGCAAUAUUUACUCAAUAACGCUUUAAGUAUUCCUGUAUAUCGAUUUUAAAGGAAUUAUUGAAUAUACGCCGAGCUUCUCACACUCAUUUUGGGAACUUUUUCAACUACUACAUUGAGAAACUAAUUAGUUGACUGAGGCCAGGAUAUCAGAACUCCAUGAAUGAAUUGGUUAGCUGUGAUACAAUAUUGCAACAAGUAAAUUUACUUUUUCGUGAAAACUAAUUUUCUUUAUCACUUGGCGAUAACUGCAAAGAUAAACUGUUAUUUCAUCAGAAAAUAGAGUGAAGAAAAAAAUAAUAAAUCUGGGGUAGUUUCAUUUUCUUCGUCAUGAGAUAAACUUCCGGUUGAUUCAUGCUUAUGAUGAAAAAUAUAAACACGAGGAACUCCGAACAGCACUAUGAGUUCUCAUACGAUUGCGUUAUGUGUUAGUUGUUUUAAAGAGCAUGACACGCAACAAGUCUCCUUGAUGUACUUUUGAUCGUUAAGAGUAAUUGUUCUAGUGUUUCCACUCAAAGAAAAUCGCCCUUGCUGAAUUAUGAAGUGAGAAGAUGAUGGUCCAGACGACAUGGAUAGCCUUGGUCUUAGGCUUCUGGUCUUCUCUUUAUCUCCUGGAUGUCUUUCUGAAGCAAAGUAAAAAGGCCAUUGCCAGACGUUACUUGAGCUUUCUUGACAAGUCUGGGCUGUCUGUGUCUGUCUGUCAACUAAGAUGGUACUCGCCCAUAUUCAAUCGCGUCUUCCUCCGACUGGGCCAGUGGCGACCUCGUUUUCUACGCACAUGGUUCACCCUUGGAGUCAUCUUCUCCCUUCUGUCGAUGUUGGUGUCCAUCUUUAUCCUGUCACUGUUGGUCAUCAAUACUGUCCGUCAGAGCCCAGUGGAACACCAGGUUUUGACCCCUGUGAUGCCAGGGGUGAAUUUGCCAACCAGUCAGAUUUCCUACUACAUGCUCACAUUGUUGGUUUGUGGCAUUCUGCAUGAAAUGGGACAUGCUAUAGCUGCUGUCAGGGAGCAAGUGCGAGUGAAUGGCUUUGGACUGUUCUUGUUGCUUCUGUACCCGGGUGCGUUUGUGGACCUGUCCACGGAACACCUGCAGGCCGUGUCCCCCCUGAGGCAGCUUCGAAUCUACUGUGCUGGAGUCUGGCACAAUCUGGUCAUUGCUGUUGCUGCUGCUGUGGUUCUGGUGCUGCUGCCUGGAUUUCUGAUGCCCUUCUACUCGACUGGCAUCUCGGUGGUCGUUACGGGCGUUGUAUCGAACUCUGCUGUGUCUGGACCUCGUGGUUUGAAAGUCGGUGAGACAGUGACUCGCAUCAAUGACUGCCAUAUCAAGAGCAUUGCAGACUGGUCGUCUUGUGUCUCGGCUAGUAUGCGGGAGAAGUGGAAUGGCCACUGCUUGCCUGUGGCUUUGAUCAAAGAACUAGACACUUCCCCUCGUUCCAUGAUCAACCGGAGUCAGAACCAGAAUCCGUGGGAGGUGAUUGACUGCUGUAACAGCACCAGCCCCACUCAUCUGUGUUUCAUGUACCACACAAAGAAAAAUGCUGACACCAACUAUGCAUGUCUCCCUGCCCGCACAGCCACGGACCGGCCAAUGUGCCGCUUGCAAAGUGACUGCUAUGUGCCUAAAAUGGAGGCGGCCUGCGUGUACCCGGCCGUGGACAAUGAGACCCGACUGCUUCGCAUCUUCCACGGGCAGAGACCUCCUCUACUGUUCCUUGGCCACCCCUUGGAUCUUUAUUAUUCUGUUUCUCUCAGUAACUAUGUGCCAAAGAUUUCCUUCAUUCCUGUGAAUCUACCAUUCGUCAUAGAAACAUUUUGCAAGUACAUUAUUUCAUUAUCGGGAGCUUUGGUCAUCCUGAAUGUGGUCCCCUGCUAUGCACUGGAUGGUCAGUACAUCUGCCGCGCCUUCCUCGAGCUGGUGCUGAGGCCUACGGUGCCAGACCCAGAGAUUCGUAACUUUGUCUACAGCCUCGUCGUCCUGUUUGGGACCAUUUUGCUGAUUAUCAAUGUGAUCUUUGCUAUGUGGACUUUGUUUUUAUGACCCAGCUGAAAGGAAGUGUGUGUUAUGUGUGGGAAAAUGUUUGUUAGGUUUGGUUUUUUUUGUUGUUGUUUGUGGGGGAUUUUUUUUUCUCCAAGGGGGGGGGGAUGCUUUUGGAAUAAGAUAAAGCUUAGUUUAGGUGCCAUAAUCCUUAUUAUGGGGGAAAAUUGUUUUUUAACAUGUAGUAUACUCUUUGGAAAGGUUUCUAUGAAGCAAAAACAGGGGCUGGCCAAGUCUUAACAAGUACAUGUGCUUUGGUUUGGGACUGCUUAAUAGAAUCAGUUUUGCAUUGUAUUCAAAUGAACAAAGGGGGGGCCUUAAUGGAAAUGAGGUUUAUUUGAGUUUGCUUGUUGUUGUUUUUUUUUAAACCUCUCUCUGUAUAAGGUUAUUUGAGUUGUCAUUUUGAAGUUUCUUUUCUUAUUCAAAAUUGCUGGUUGUGAAGAUGCUUGGGUAUACUGGUUCAUUUCACUUUUCUGUCUCUGUGGUGGCAAUUAAUGCUGUUGAAAAAAGAUUUGAUGGACCCGAGAUCUUUACAAUGUAUGACUGAUAUGUUCUUGUGGUAAUGAAUGCUUUGCUGUUUGUCAUGACACAUUUUCGUCUUUAUUUGAAUGUCGUAUAACAUUUCGGUGGCGGAAAGGCUUGCUGAUUGUGUGCAAUCCAAUUCCUGGUGAAUUUCUUUUUUUUUCUCCUCAAACAUGAAUGUAAAUGUGCAUUUGUUCCAGUCUCUCAGUUGUAUGAAAACUAAUUUCUGUACCUGUUUGUUGUAGCCUUGUUUUUGUAUUCAUUUGUGAAUAACCAGUAACUGUUGAAGAAACUGAAAAACAGUGAUGAAUGAAUGUUGGGCUAUUCCAUGGUAACUGAUGGGACAUUUGGACAAUACAUUCUUUCAAUAGUAACUCUGUAAUUCAAAAUAAAUUAAUUUAUUUCAACUUUAAAUGAUCGGAACAUUUGAAAGACAUAAUUAUGUGUUGCUGUACAGGAAAACCCCUCACAUGGGUCACUCUAUCACUUUUUGAGUUAUUUACAUAUUUGGAUUCUGCAUUCUAUGCUGAGCAUUUUGCUUUUAAUUUGAAUUGAUUAUCUUCAUUAGAUCAAAAGUUAUAUGGCCAUUUGUGUGUGGUAUCCCAGGAAAGGUCACUUGAGAAAACAUCAUUUAGAAGCCUGCCUUUGAAUUUGAGGCACCUCAUGUCAGUAAAAACUCUGUUCGAACACAGAAAUCGGAACAUUUAAUUACACCACAGUGGUUAGUUGAAGAGUUAAAACAAGAAUUUGAGUUAAAUCACUUACAACUGCCUGGCAUCAUUACUGUGCCUUCUUGCUAAAUUGGCCCCGGCCAGGUCCUCUGCCACAUGUAUGCUGGUCUUCUCCAUUUGCUUGUCCUGGCUUGGCCAUCUUCUGGGGAAUAGGUGUAUCCUCAUCCUCAUCACUGGGCUCCUCUGGUGGAAGUGGAAGUGCGGGGAAAGGAGUGACGAUGUCACGCAUGUCUGCAGCAACAAAGGGGCAUAUUUCUUUGUAAAGAUAAGCCCCCCUCUGGGCACUGAGACCUGACUUUGGAAUGAUCUCCGGCAUGGUUUUCUGGUCAGGCAUUUUCUUUAAGAUGUCAUAGCUCUGUUCAUCAGCGUCAAUGUUCGUUUUGUGAAACGAAAGCAGUGUUCAUUGAUAAGUCUUGGUGACUAUUACGACUGGUGUCCUAGUGUUUUUUACUCCAAGUACGAUUCUGUUCGACCCGACUACGAAAAUUCGUGAGAUUACACAGAAAAUCGUUGAGGCGUGAGACUGGUUGUGUUUUCGUGAAUGUCACACCAAAAUUGUGAGGUUUUGGCAUCUCUGCAAAUGUCCUUCAGUUACUGUGGAAUAGCCCUGUUAUGAAUGCAAAAUUCUUUUCUUAUGAUUCACAUGGUGCUAAUUUGUCCGUUUGAAGUAUGGAAAUGCUGAAUGCCUAUGUAAUAAUGACAUUUUGUGGCCAUGUCAUAAAUUGUUGCUGGUGAUAGAUAAUUUGAUUUUUUUAAAUGCAGUGAACUUAUUAGUCAUUGACAGAUUUGAUGAACUGUAUUUUUUAAGUUGUUUAUGUUUAUUAACUGUUUUGAAUAGAUGUUUAUUGUUGGAUGUUGCUUUUUGUUAAAAAUAAAUUGACAGAUCAUUGGUUUUUUUUGUUUGUAUCAGUGUUGGGAUCUAAUGGCAAAUGUACAGGUCUUGUGAUCUUGUUCCCAGGUUUAUGCAUAUGAUGAGUCAGUAUUACAUUAAUAUAUCGCAAAUCUAUAUCUCAUC